CGCCCACCGCCAGGCGCGGCCCGCCCGGGGCCCACCCUCUCGGCUCUCCUCGCAGACCCCGACUUCAGGGGGGAGGACCCUGAGGGCCAGGAUGCAGAGACGGAGCGCUUCCUGUCCACCAGCUCCACCGGCCGCCGGGUGUCCUUCAAUGAGGCAGCCCUGUUUGAGCAGAGCCGGAAGUCACAGGACAAGGGCCGCCGGUACACCCUGACGGAGGGGGACUUCCACCACCUGAAGAACGCCCGCCUCACCCACCUGCACCUGCCACCCGUCAAGAUCAUCACGAUCCAUGAGUGUGACCUGGGCGAAGCCAGCGCCACCACCCCUCCGCACGCUGCUGCCACCCCCAAGGCCAACCUCGCCAUAUUCCAGCCCCCGGGGAAGGCCCUCACCGGCCGCUCCGUGGGCCCCAGCUCCGCCCUGCCAGGUGACCCCUACAACUCAGCCGUGGGCCCUGCUGACUUCGAGAUCAGCCCCUUGGCAUCCAGCGACUCCGGGGAAGGCACCUGGUCGGAUGCAGGUACCGGGAGCACCAAGCCUGUUGGGCCAGGGGCCACGACAGGGCCUGGGGAGGCAGGCCCAGGCUCUGGGGCAGGACCCGUCCUGCAGUUCUUGACCCGCUUGCGGCGCCAUGCCAGCCUGGAUGGGGCCAGCCCCUACUUCAAGGUCAAGAAAUGGAAGCUGGACCCCAACCAACGGGCAUCCAGUCUGGACACUAGAGGCUCCCCCAAGCGGCACCACUUCCAGCGGCAGCGGGCAGCCAGUGAGAGCACAGAGCAGGAGGAGGGGGACGCCCCCCACAUGGACUUCAUCCAAUACAUUGCCAGCGCAGGCGACACUGUGGCCUUCCCGCCCCCCCACCCCUUUCUGGCCAGCCCCCACCAGCCCAUCCCC